UAACUUGAAUCAAAUUCUUAGGUAACCUUAUAUGAGACACGUCAUUGCUAAGAGGAUUUCUUUUUUUUUCUCCCGAUUUGUGCCAAAUACCACACGGUCAACUCACUCAACACAUUAUUAACAAGCGAAAGGAAUUGUUUUAUCUCAUCUCUCCCCCUUUUCCCCUUGUAUCACGGAAGUCUCAUCUAGGAAUAUAAAAACAGCUCCAUUAUCCGCCGCCCUUGUUUGAAAGAAAGAGACGGUUAAAUCGGAGGCAAUAUAAAUGGUAGUUUGGCGUAACUGUUGGACACUCGCCCUGAGUUUGUUUUAUUAAUAGAUAAGGGAGCGAGUUGGCAGUGCCGUCGUGUUUUUGAGGGAAGGAAGGUGCAGGCGAUAGAAUGAGAGCCGAGGGAUGGGAUCCAGAAACGAGGGAAGGUCUUCUAGAUACUCGAGAUCGUCGACGGUUAGUGUCGCUCAGCUUUUCACCGAUUCGUGUUCCAACCUGAUACAGAGGAUCGCCUCACGGGUCCGAGGGCCGUCCGCGAGUGCCGACACCCUCCAUAGAUCGAGGAACAAAGCGGAAGACGAGACGCCCCUAUCUAUGCGUAAACCGACGGCACCCCUACCUCCGGAAGACGAACCUUCCACCUCCACCACCACCUCCACUUCCAGGAGCAUGCGGUCUAACUACAACGGAUCACUCGCGAGAAGUACUACGAACUCGUCUCUGGCCGGCAGGAGGAAGCACACAAACGACGACGACUAUUCCAAGCGUUGGAUGACCGAUAGCGUCUACAGACUGACCAGUGUGAAAAAAGAGAAGAAUCACAGCCCCCUGAGAGAGGAAAGGAGGCGUAGAAGAGCUGCCGAAGACGCCACGAGGAGAAAAAGUGCCACGUCCAAUUUGCCGAAAGAAGAAAAACUAGCGAGGAGCGCAACGACGGUAGUCUUGGCAGAAAAAGCGUACCCAUAUGUCUCCACUUUGCAGACCCAGUCGCCCCCGGGACAACGCGAAAAGACUCCCUUCAGGAGACGGCGUUUACGUCAAAACGACGUCGUCGUCGAUAUCCAGACAGACGAAGGACAAAUGUCCGAACGGGCCGCGAAACGAAAAGAAAUCCAGUCACUCAUAUUGAAAUACUGCACUGUUGACGACGGUAAUACGACAAAUCAUCAACAGCCUCAGCAACAACAACAGCAACAACAACAACAUGUCACCGUUUUAGAAAAGUGCCAGCAAAAAUACUCGUCUUUUUUGAAUCCACGCGUAGCCAGCCCAACUACCAGAGCGCCUUCAAUCCAAGACGAUAGUGACGGCCACCUGAUAUACCGCCAUGGGGACAUACUCCAGAGCAGAUACAAGAUCCAGGCAACUUUAGGAGAAGGAACGUUUGGAAAAGUUGUCAAAGUUAAAGACCUUCAGACAGAUGAGAUCUAUGCUUUAAAAAUUAUAAAAAAUGUUGAAAAGUACAGAGAUGCAGCAAAACUCGAGAUCAAUGUACUUGAGAAACUUGCUGAGAAAGAUCCUAUGAGUAAACACUUGUGUGUACGAAUGAUUCAUUGGUUUAAUUAUCAUGGGCACAUCUGUAUAGCAUUUGAGAUGCUUGGUCUCAGUGUUUUUGACUUCUUGAAGGAAAACAACUACCAGCCGUACACUUUAGAUCAAGUCCGUCAUAUAACAUACCAGGUGUGCUACGCAGUUAAAUUUCUUCAUGACAACCAACUGACACACACUGAUCUCAAACCAGAGAACAUUUUACUUGUAGAUUCAGAGUAUGAAGUUGUUUUCAACGGAAAAAAGAAAAGAGAUGUGAGGAGGUUGAAAAAUUCUGAAGUUCGACUCAUUGACUUUGGCAGUGCAACCUUUGACCACGAACAUCAUAGCACUAUAGUGUCGACGAGACAUUACAGAGCCCCUGAAGUCAUACUUGAGUUAGGUUGGUCACAGCCGUGUGAUAUUUGGUCAAUUGGGUGCAUCAUGUUUGAGCUAUACCUUGGAAUUACACUGUUCCAAACACAUGACAAUAGAGAACAUCUUGCCAUGAUGGAACGAAUCCUGGGAACAAUCCCGUACAGAAUGGCUAGGAAAACAAAAACUAAAUAUUUCUAUCAUGGUAAAUUAGACUGGGAUGAAAAGAGUUCGGCAGGAAGAUAUGUUCGUGAUAAUUGUAAACAGCUCUAUAGGUAUAUGAUGAGUGAUGAUGAUGACCACAAACAACUUUUUGACUUGAUCAGCCGGAUGCUUGAAUAUGAUCCAGCUGACCGAAUCACGCUGGCCGAAGCACUUAAGCACCCUUUCUUUGACAAGAUUCCCCGGGAUAAGAGAUUCAGUGACAAGCACGAUAUACGUGAUUCCAUCAAAGACACAAGGAGUCAUUCGUUAAGCAGAUGAGGCAGAUUUCUGCCAGUUACCUACUGGCCAACUAGUGAAACUUCGCUCCAGGAACC